AUGUUCCACUCGCUUACGAAGCUAUUGCUUCUUGGUCUGUCGCUGAAGUCGACCUUGACUGCAGCAGCAGCAGUCCCGGAUUUUCAGUUAACCGAUUCCUUGCAAAGAAGAAAUUUGCAGUGCACUGACUUUGGGCCUGUAUGUCCCGGCCUCAACUUCCACUGGCACGAGGACAACGUGGGUAUAAUGUACUACUCCAUGGACUUGCUGUCUGUUGAAUGGGUCGGGUCCAACACUUAUCAGGUUACUAUCCAUGUGAAAGGUCAGGAACAAAUUUGUCUAAAGUACCUAUGGUCUCUAAAGAUCAUUGGUGUCCAAGGUCCACAGGGCACUGUUCAAUUGUACGGUAAGAACGAAAACACUUACUUGAUCGAUAGCCCAACGGACUAUACUGCUACUUUCCAAGUCUACGGUCAACCUGAUCCUAAUGAUUCCUGCAAGGUAUUGCUGCCAAACUUCCAGAUUCAAUACGAAUACUGUCAAGGUGAUGCAGCCCAAUAUGCCAGCUCCUGGCACUGGGGUGCAACUAGUUUCGAUUUGAUGACUGGUUGUGACCAUGACAACAACAACAAUGCUAACAGCGAUUUCCCACAGCUUUACUGGUCUAAAGAGUGCCAACCAUGUGGAGCGGCUUCGACUUCAAGCAUCUCCAGCUCCACUACGAGUACCUCCAAGACUUCGAGCAGCUCAAGCUCUACCUCGAGCAGCUCAACUUCUACUUCUAGUACCUCAAAAACCUCGAGCACUUCAACCUCUACCUCGAGCACUUCAACCUCUACCUCGAGCAGCUCAAGCUCUACUUCGAGCACUUCAACCUCUACCUCGAGCAGCUCAAGCUCUACUUCGAGCACUUCGGAGACUUGUACGAAACAUUUCGAGACAUCCAGCACUUCGAGAACUUGUACAAGACACCUCGAGACUUCAAGCACCUCCGGAACUUCAACCACUUUAACUUCUACAUCCUCUGCUCCAUCUUCGGCACCACAUGGGGCGUCGAGCAUUUUCUCAAGUUCAACCACUGCUCAGGGGGCCAGUGUUGUUACAACCACAGGCUCGUCUCCUGCUCCAAGUGGACCAUCAUCUGCAUCCUCCUCAGCUCCAAAACCAAGCGGACUAUCCUCUGCACCAUCCUCAGCACCAAGGGGAUCAUCUUCGGCUCAAUCUUCUGCACCAUCUUCUAAGCCAAGCGGUCCAUCUUCUGCAUCAUCUUCAGCUCCAUCUUCAGCUCCAUCUUCUGCACCAUCUUCAGCUCCAUCUUCUAAGCCAAGCGGUCCAUCUUCAGCUCCAUCUUCUAAGCCAAGCGGUCCAUCUUCAGCACCAUCUUCUAAGCCAAGCGGUCCAUCUUCAGCUCCAUCUUCAGCAUCAUCUUCAGCUCCAUCUUCUAAGCCAAGCGGUCCAUCUUCAGCUCCAUCUUCUAAGCCAAGCGGUCCAUCUUCUGCACCAUCUUCUAAGCCAAGCGGUCCAUGCUCAGGCACAAGCUACACUUUGUGCAGCAAGACGACCACGGAGAGCGGUUCGACAACUGUCUACACGACUACUUGUCCUGUGACUGGAGUGUGUGUCACCUCUUCCCCAUCUUCUGCUCCAUCUGGUCCAUCUUCUGCACCAUCUUCUGCACCAUCUUCUGGUCCAUCUGGUCCAUCUUCUGUUCCAUCUGGUCCAUCUUCUGUUCCAUCUGGUCCAUCUUCUGUUCCAUCUGGUCCAUCUUCUGCACCAUCUGGCCCAUGCUCAGGCACAAGCUACACUUUGUGCAGCAAGACGACCACGGAGAGCGGUUCGACAACUGUCUACACGACUACUUGUCCUGUGACUGGAGUGUGUGUCACCUCUUCCCCAUCUUCUGCUCCAUCUGCUCCAUCUGGUCCAUCUUCUGCACCAUCUUCUGCUCCAUCUGGUCCAUCUUCUGUUCCAUCUGGUCCAUCUUCUGCGCCAUCUUCUGCACCAUCUGGCCCAUGCUCAGGCACAAGCUACACCUUGUGCAGUAAGACGACCACGGAGAGCGGUUCGACAACUGUCUACACGACUACUUGUCCUGUGACUGGAGUGUGUGUCACCUCUUCCCCAUCUUCUGCUCCAUCUGCUCCAUCUGGUCCAUCUUCUGCUCCAUCUGCUCCAUCUGGUCCAUCUUCUGCACCAUCUUCUGCUCCAUCUGGUCCAUCUUCUGUUCCAUCUGGUCCAUCUUCUGCGCCAUCUUCUGCACCAUCUGGCCCAUGCUCAGGCACAAGCUACACCUUGUGCAGUAAGACGACCACGAAGAGCGGUUCGACAACUGUCUACACGACUACUUGUCCUGUGACUGGAGUGUGUGUCACCUCUUCCCCAUCUUCUGCUCCAUCUGUUCCAUCUGGUCCAUCUUCUGUUCCAUCUGUUCCAUCUGGUCCAUCUUCUGUUCCAUCUGGUCCAUCUGGUCCAUCUUCUGCACCAUCUGGCCCAUGCUCAGGCACAAGCUACACUUUGUGCAGCAAGACGACCACGGAGAGCGGUUCGACAACUGUCUACACGACUACUUGUCCUGUGACUGGGGUCUGUGUCACCUCUUCCCCAUCUUCUGCUCCAUCUGUUCCAUCUGGUCCAUCUUCUGUUCCAUCUGGUCCAUCUUCUGCGCCAUCUUCUGCACCAUCUGGCCCAUGCUCAGGCACAAGCUACACCUUGUGCAGUAAGACGACCACCGAGAGCGGUUCGACAACUGUCUACACGACUACUUGUCCUGUGACUGGAGUGUGUGUCACCUCUUCCCCAUCUUCUGCUCCAUCUGGUCCAUCUUCUGCAUCAACUUCGGCACCAAGCGCUCCAUGCUCAGGCACAAGCUACACUUUGUGCAGCAAGACGACCACGGAGAGCGGUUCGACAACUGUCUACACGACUACUUGUCCUGUGACUGGAGUGUGUGUCACCUCUUCCCCAUCUUCUGCUCCAUCUGUUCCAUCUGGUCCAUCUUCUGUUCCAUCUGGUCCAUCUGGUCCAUCUUCUGCACCAUCUGGCCCAUGCUCAGGCACAAGCUACACCUUGUGCAGUAAGACGACCACGGAGAGCGGUUCGACAACUGUCUACACGACUACUUGUCCUGUGACUGGAGUGUGUGUCACCUCUUCCCCAUCUUCUGCUCCAUCUGCUCCAUCUGGUCCAUCUUCUGCUCCAUCUGCUCCAUCUGGUCCAUCUUCUGCACCAUCUUCUGCUCCAUCUGGUCCAUCUUCUGUUCCAUCUGGUCCAUCUUCUGCGCCAUCUUCUGCACCAUCUGGCCCAUGCUCAGGCACAAGCUACACCUUGUGCAGCAAGACGACCACGGAGAGCGGUUCGACAACUGUCUACACGACUACUUGUCCUGUGACUGGAGUGUGUGUCACCUCUUCCCCAUCUUCUGCUCCAUCUGCUCCAUCUGGUCCAUCUUCUGCACCAUCUUCUGCUCCAUCUGGUCCAUCUUCUGUUCCAUCUGGUCCAUCUUCUGCGCCAUCUUCUGCACCAUCUGGCCCAUGCUCAGGCACAAGCUACACUUUGUGCAGCAAGACGACCACGGAGAGCGGUUCGACAACUGUCUACACGACUACUUGUCCUGUGACUGGAGUGUGUGUCACCUCUUCCCCAUCUUCUGCUCCAUCUGCUCCAUCUGGUCCAUCUUCUGCACCAUCUUCUGCUCCAUCUGGUCCAUCUUCUGUUCCAUCUGGUCCAUCUUCUGCACCAUCUUCUGCACCAUCUGGUCCAUGCUCAGGCACAAGCUACACGUUGUGCAGUAAGACGACCACCGAGAGCGGUUCGACAACUGUCUACACGACUACUUGUCCUGUGACUGGAGUCUGUGUCACCUCUUCCCCAUCUUCUGCUCCAUCUGGUCCAUCUUCUGCAUCAACUUCGGCACCAAGCGGUCCAUGCUCAGGCACAAGCUACACUUUGUGCAGCAAGACGACCACCGAGAGCGGUUCGACAUCUGUCUACACGACUACUUGUCCUGUGACUGGAGUCUGUGUCACCUCUUCCCCAUCUUCUGCAUCAACUUCGGCACCAAGCGGCCCAUGCUCAGGCACAAGCUACACUUUGUGCAGUAAGACGACCACCGAGAGCGGUUCGACAUCUGUCUACACGACUACUUGUCCUGUGACCGGGGUCUGUGUCACUUCUGCGGAGAGGUCAUCAACCGUGAGCACGGUAACAACCACUUCAAACGGCGUUACUACUGUUUACACGACCACUUGCCCUCUAAGCGAAGUGUCAGCCACAGGAAAGCCCUCGACAGCCACCACUGUGACCACGACUUCUAACGGCAAGGAGAUUAUCUAUACCACUGAAGUCCCAGCCAGCCAGACUGGCAGUACAUCUAUCACCAGCACCGUGACGACGACCUCCAACGGGGUCACUUCGGUUUACACGACUAUUUGUCCUUUGACUGAGACCAGUGUUGCCUCUACCGUCGAAAAACAAUUGAUCAUCAGCACCGUGACUACGACUUCUAACGGCAAAGAAACCAUCUACACAACUGAAGUUCCAGUCACCACGGCUGGGGCUGCCUCUACUGUCAGCACCGCGAUAACGACUUCUAACGGUAAGGAGACGAUCUACACCACCAACGUUCCCGUCACUGAAGCUAUCACUGCCUCUACUGUCAGCACGGUCACCACGACUUCUAACGGCAAGGAGACGGCCCACACUACGAGCGUUCCCGUCACUGAAGCUAGCGCUGCAUCCACUGUCAGCACCGUCACCACGACUUCUAACGGUAAGGAGACGGCCUACACCACCAACGUUCCCGUCACUGAAGCUAACGCUGCAUCCACUGUCAGCACCGUCACCACGACUUCGAACGGCAGACAGAUCGUCUACACCACGAACGUCCCAGCCAGCCAGACUGGCGCUGCCUCUACGGUCACUACUGUGACGACGACUUCUAACGGCAAGGAGACGGUGUACACUACGAACGUCCCAGCCAGCCAGACUGGCAGUGCAUCUACUGUCAGCACCGUGACUACCACCUCUAAUGGCCAGGAGGUCAUCUACACUACUGAGGUCCCAGCCAGCCAGACUGGCGCUGCCUCUACGGUCAGCACCGUGACUACGACUUCUAACGGCCAGGAGACCGUCUACACUACUGAAGCUGAAGCUCCAGCCUCUCAAACUGAGCAGCCUGCUGCUGGUGGCGCUAGCGGAGCUGUCCAUUCGACAGCCUCAGUGGCUCACCCACAAGAAACUACUACCGCAUCAUUCUCGUCGUACGAAGGCGCCGGUAGCAAGUUGAAUUUUGGUGCAACUGGUUUGCUUCUCGGUCUACCAUUGAUCUUCCUAUGA